CAAAACUCUCUCUCACCCUCCUACUUUCUUGCUAACUUGCAUACGAAGCAAACCCCUGGAAAUAGCUAGAGCCAACCCCCACACCAAACACAUUUGUUCUCUCUCCCAAAAAUCAAUCAAUCAAUCUCAAUCAUAUAAAAAUGGAGGACAUUUCAUGCACGGCAUCCUGUGAUGUUGACAAGAAGGAUUUAGAAGAGUUAUUUGAAGUUCUUGGGUCUGGAUUUUCUCUUGAGGACAUUUCAUCAGCUUUUGUCAGUGCCAACUUUGAUAAAAAUCUGGCCGGUGAAACUCUUUGUGGAAUUCACGGUAGCAACUCUACUACCGCUAAUACUGGCAAAUCGGAGGCUGAAAAUGCAGUAUCUAUGAAGUUGGCAUCUGGAAGAGACAGUAUGAGACCAAUGUUCUCUGAACUGUCACCUAAAGUCUUUAAGAUGGCUCCUAUUGGAGAAAAAGAUACCAGAGAAUUUAAGUCAAAAAGAUAUCCUGUAUCAAUGGGAGCCGUUUCAAGUGUACUUGGAAAAGAAUAUGCUAAACCCAAGCCAUUAACGCAUCGUUCUGUUGAAGCUACAAAACCUUUGAAAUUAGACUCCAAAGAUUUUCCAGUCUCUGACGUUUGGAGAGAGAAAAACCCACCAAGUAUGGUAGCAAGACAUGGCAUUAUGCAAGCUGGCGUUGAGGAAUUUCUUUUUCAAAUGCUUGGAAAUGGCUUUCAACUUGACAUGACUCUGAUUCAAGAAGUUCUUGGCCGUUGUGGGUAUGAUAUUCAAAAGAGCAUUGAUGAACUUCUUGAAUUAUCAGCUUCAACAUUGGAAAAAUCCGAUGAUGCUGUUAGCAUGGCCAUGGAAGAAUCCACUAAACAAUGUUCAGACCAGGAAUCCCUUUCCCUUCAAGAACAGACGCAGCAGCUACGUGGAACCCAAAGUGAUGGAGCUCGGUUGCACAAAGAAAAUUUAACUGGAUCGUUGAAGAGAGAACACAAUAGAGUAAGUCUCGAGAGGGAAAUUCUGCAAUCUUUAUUUGAUCUUCCAGAAAGAUCUGAGGAGGCACCAAAGAAGACACGCCUAGUGAGGCAAGCAAGGAGUGUUUUUGGUAAACCGGCAGUUACCCCUCACAAGGACACUGCUAAAGAACACAAGCCUUCUGCUGCAAAGCCACUAGCAGAUACUAGAGGAGAAGCAGAAGGCGAUGAAAACAGCUAUGAGGUCUUACGCAAAGCUGUCAAGGAAUAUUGGAUCACAAAGAAAGAGUUCUACAAAGCUGCUGCUGAUGCGUUUGCUGAGGGUGAUCAUGCAAGGGCAGACAAACUCAUGGACCAGGGACAAUUUUUUAACGAAAAGGCUCGAGAAGCAGAUGAAAAAUCUUUUCAAAAGCUUAUGGAAACCAGAGAUGAUGAAAUAGUAUCUCUGGAUUUGCUUGGCUUUGAACCCAAGGAAGCUUUACAUUCUUUGAGGUUUCAUUUAACUUCCUUUUCUGGCAUCCCGUCUAUUAAAUACCUCAGAGUCGUAAUUGAGAAUGAUGAAAAAGAUACCACAAAAGGAAAACGGAGAAGACUGAUCAUGAAACAACUGGAGAAGGAAUCAAUCAAAUGGACUGAUGAAGGGAAUGGUCAGAUAAUACUAAUUCAAGUGGAUGCGAUUGACCCAAAGCACUUGAGUUUUGCGGAAAAAUACAUGUUUAGGAGCUCACAACCAAAAUCUGGCAUCAUAGGUUAUCAAGUCUCGCAGCAACUUGUCUGAAACUAGAAAAACUCAAUGCUAAACUGUCAAGCAGAAGACUUGACUAUCCUUUAAAAGGUGGGUUGAAGUUUUGAUCAUUAAGGGUGGCCAGUCGAUAAAAAUUUCCAAAUAAUGUUUGUGCCUUGCGGGCUAGAUAAUGUGUAAAUGGAGAGUUUAUCCUGGGUCCAAACUGAGCUGUGUUCUGUAAAAGUCUCUCUUAAGAUGUUGAUUGGCAAGUCAUUGCGGCUGAACCUGAAACUCUGCAAAUCAAUUUACAAUUUUAAGGUGAGUUGACUCGGUGAUCUUGCUGACCC